UCGUUAAGCAUACAUCUUUAUUACAUACUUAAUUCAUAAAAAAAAAACGAAUUAUAUUCCAGGAUUCACGAGAAAAAUCUACAAAAUCUAUUGUUACUAUAUAUUUAAGGUUUAAUCAAACGGAAAUGUGAUUAAGAAGCGUGUAGUGUUACAUAUAGACAUGUGUGCCUCGUAAAAAAAAAUUAAAGCCCCUCAUGUGCUCUAAAAAAACAUCUUUUUUGCGAAAUCCUCUCCGUAAGUAUAUAUACACAUUAUACAUGCAGCUCACGUCCUGCAGCACUGCAGCAGAACUUCUCUCUCUCUUCUGCCCUUUCGUUUCGCUCGCGCAGGUCUUCACCUAUAUAUAUAUAUAUAUUUAUUUGCGGCGUUUGAGCUUCGAGCUCGGUGGUUUGUUUAUAUUUACGCUUUUAGUGCGGGGCAGCUGCGCUGCGUUGUACGCAUUUCGAAAAAUCUGUUUCAAGUAUAAGUACUUGAAGGCGAUGACGUAAGACAAGCGUUAUUUUAAAAGCGAGAGAACGACGAUAUACCCAUAGAGACAGAGUGCAGAUCGGAGUCUCGUGAGUUCGUGACACCUGUGGAGUAAAGCGACGCAGUCAAAUCUACCUGCACGAUGUCGUUCCUGGAUCAGCAGCCCUACACCAACGGCAAACACAAGCACGUCUUUGAAAAAGUUCAGGAGAAAGAGGAGGAUAUCGAGCGGAGCUGCGACUCAUUCGUCGAGAAUCUGGAGUCCCUGUGGAGGAGGCCGACCCUCAACGAGUGGACCUUCACGUUUUUACUGUUCCUCCUUUCCUCGAGCAUCUUCUUUGGCAAGCUCUUCCUUAGCCAUGAUUUUCUACAUUCUUUGGAUAUAGAUACUGAUAAAAUAAAUAAAAGCAUUCCAAUGUACAAGGACAUAGCAGAUAAGACCAUUAUCGAGCCACUUCACAAGUACAGCUGGCUUAUCAAAGCAGUAAUUAGCGGUUUUGCAACUACUGGACUCAGUUGGGUUAUUCUUUAUCAAGAUAGCCACGUUCCAGGUGUUAAUCCACCUUCACCAUUCUCCCCAUCUAAAAAAAGAAAUUCGAAAGAGUCUCCUAUACUAGAGUUCAAUUACUUGGUUGGAGCGUCAAUUGGAUUUCUUAUGUUCCUUUAUAUGUGCCUUUGAAAAAAAUAAGCAUGAAUGAAGCAAAGCUUCUUAUUGCACGCCUUUUGAGUGCCUGUAGGAAGAAAGUACAAUUUUACUACUUAUUUAUUUAAGAUCUUAACAAAGGUAAUGGCAGGAUAUUUCCUGAAAAAGUUGUUUCUCAUGGUUGUAUUAAUAAUUAUUUAUUUGUACAAUUAAAUGCAACAUUCGUGCAGAUUACAAUUCAUAUUAUCAGUAUUGAACUAAAUGAUUUUUAAUAAUUUUGUUCCUUUAUGUGUAUGCUUAAAAAUAUUGAGAAAAAGUUUUUUUUUUUCGACAGAUAUUGUAAGAAUAAUGAUCGUAACAUCUUAAUGCUUUGCAGUGGUUCAUUUGGAUUAGUUGUUAGGUAAUAAUGUAAUAGGUAUAAGGAAUUACAUCGAAUUACCCAAAAUGAUAUUGUCUAAUUGUUAUUAAUUGUUAUAUAUAUCACAAACUGCUUGAAAUUGAAUGAAUAUAUAUAUUUUGUAAAAAUUUAUGUGCUACUUAAUUCAAAUAAAUUUAUA